UUGAUUUCCCCUUAUUCCAAGAGAAGACACGGGAUAGGGUUGAACAACUGGUACCAGUACAACCUAGUUGGACUUGGGUGAAGUGGUUCUGUCAUGAAGUUGGCUGUGCUGCUGUUGGCCUCUCUGGGGCUUCUAACAGCCCAGGGAACAGAAAUUGACCGGCCUCACAAAAAAUCAGCUACUCUGCUGCCAUCCUUCACGGUAACACCUACGGCUACAAAAAGCACUGUGAGACCUACAACCAGCCACAGACCUACCACCACCAGUCAUGGAAAUGCAACGGUUCAUCCAACAAGCAAUAGCACUAUUAUCACCACUGGACCCACAACUGACACUCAUAGUCCUGCCACCACCACCAGUCUGGGAAAUGCUACUGUUCAUCCCACAAUAAGCAAUGGCACUACAACAAGCCCAAGAUUCUGGACCAGUUCCCCCCACCCAGGACCACCUCCACCCUCUCCAAGUCCUAGCCCAGGCUCCAAGGAGGCUAUAGGAGACUACACAUGGACUAAUGGUUCCCAGCCCUGUGUCCAGCUCCAAGCCCAGAUUCAGAUUCGAGUCCAGUACCCUACUCAGGGUGGAGGAGAGGCCUGGGGCAUCUCUGUACUGAAUCCCAAUAAAACCAACGUUAAGGGUGGCUGUGAGGGUGCCCAUACCCACCUGCUCUCAUUCCCUUAUGGAUAUCUCAGUUUUGGAUUCAAGCAGGACCUGCAACAGAGCAAGAGUGUGGUCUACCUGAACUAUUUGGCAGUGGAGUACAACGUGUCCUUCCCCCAGGCGGCGCAAUGGACAUUCUCAGCUCAGAAUUCAUCCCUUCGAGAUCUCCAAGCACCCUUGGGCCAAAGCUUCAGUUGCAGAAACGCCAGCAUCUUUCUCUCUCCGAUUUUUCGCCUUGACCUCCUUUCUCUCAGGCUACAGGCUGCUCAGCUGCCUCACACAGGAACCUUUGGGCCAAGUUUUUCUUGCCCUGGGGACCAGUCCAUCAUGCUGCCUCUCAUCAUUGGCCUGACCCUGCUUGGCCUCCUCACCCUGGUGCUUGCUGCCUUCUGCAUCAUUCAGAGACGCCCAUCUGCCUACCAGCCUCUCUAAGCAUUUUACCCAACCCUUAGGGCCCCAAAAGGCACUCUCAUUUCCUCAGCAUGCAACCAACUCAGAGACAGUUACCAUUCUUCAUUGUCUUUCUUGAAGAACAAAACAGUUAAUGCAAUUGGGAGGUCGAAGGAAAGAGUUUUUAUUAAAGGAGAUAGCCCCUGCCCCAGUAGGAAAGUAGUAAAACCUACUCAAAUCUUUGUUUUUGGUUUCCCUUGUCCUGCA